AUGUUUGAAGGUUCAAUGGUUAAUAGUAGUAACCAAGCCAGUGCACUUGAUACUUUGGUAUACGCGUUUGAUACAAAAAGUCAACAAUGGAGUAAACCAACAAUCUCAGAAACCGCUCCACCUAGACGAAUGGAUCUUCAAAUUGUACAAGAUAGAUCUAAUAAAGUUUAUGUGUUUGGUGGAUUAUCGGGUCCUUUGACAGGUUCUCAAAAUACAACUUGGUUUAGCGAUAUGAGCAUUUUAGACAUUGCGCGCUCGUCUUGGUUGAUAGUUGUAGCUUCUGGCCUUGAUUAUCCUCUACCUCAGGCUGGUUUUACUGCCACAUUACUGACUAAUGGAACGAUAG